AAACAAAACAACAAAAAUGAUCAUGCAAGAAUUCGAUUUCAAGAGAACUGCCACAAAUCAAAAGAACAAUGCUUCAAACUUUGAUGACAUUCCAGUCAAUUCACCAUCUCAAACAUUAAAUCAAUCCAUCAAUUCCACUUCCACAACUCCUUUCGUCCAAAUCUCAAAGAAACCACAAGGACCUUUCCCAUACUUGAAAAGAAAGUCAAUUAGAGUUGAUUUGGUAUUGAAGAAACAAAAACAACAAGCAAAGAAGAAGCAAUCUUCAAAACAUGUCGAAAUUUUGAGAAGAGAAAAGAAAAUUCUCCAAGAAGAAAACUUGAUUUUGAAAGGAAGAAUUUUGCAAAUGGAAAAAUUGUUUGCUGACUUGAAUGUUAAAUCUCAAAUGAAAGUGAAAACUGCCAAACAUCAAGGAAGUCAAACUUCUCAGUGCAAAUCUCAAGAUGAUGAGAAAAUUAUUCUCCAUGGUAAAUUAGAACCUUGCAGAUAUAAACUUUGUCUUGAUCGGUUGAGUAAUACGAAUCCCGAACCUGUUUCUAUCCAUAUCGAAGCUUUAGAGUUGAGUUUGGAUUUUGAAGCAGUCAUGACUGCAAAAGAACAAAAAUGUUCAAAGGAAUUUAAUUUAUUUAGAAAAGAUGGUGAAGUGCAAAGAAAAGAUGUUGUUUAUCAAACUCCUGGAAGAAUUAAUUUGAAACAAUUCAAGAAAAUACAAGUUUCCAAUGUCGAUCCUGGAAUUUAUGAAGUUCUAGUGCAUCCAGUCAUGACCUAUGGAUCCACUCCACUCAAUGUGAAAAUUUCAGCAUUUGAGGAAAAGGAAAAUGAUCCAAACGAAGCUCAGCAGGGAACUUCAUUCCUUGAUGGUGGUGUUGAUCUUUCUCAAAUUGCCACUAAAUCCUAUUUGCAUCACGAAGUUUCACAUGGAGUGGCUCAAACUACUGAUUGGUUCUCAGAGAGAUUUAUCAUUUAUGGAAGAAGUAAUAUUACAACGAAAGUUACUGCACACAUAAGUGUUAUGAUUAAUUUGACAAAGGGAGCAAAUUUGGAAGCUGCUUCUAAUGUGGAUUAUAGAGUUUUUGUGUACAAAGUUGGUGAUGAUACUCCUGUUAUGGAAAUUUCACAACAUGAAUUGGGUCAAUUGUGUACUCACUUGGUUUCUAGAAUUUUCUAUGCUUACAAUGUGAAAAAGAGUUUGAAGGAAUUGGAUGAUAUCAUUGCUGUUUGUGAUAGUUAUGGUACUGUGAAGGAUAAUUCAAAGAAGAAGGAUGAAGAAGACUCUGUCUCAGUUCGUCCAGAACCAAUGAUUAAAGUCAGAGAAAUUGCGGUCAGUAAAAGAGAUCAAUUGAAGGAAUUUUUCAGAAGAAAGAAGGAAAUUCAAAAAGGUAUCGAGGAAAAGAACUUGAGUUUGUUGAUGAAUUAUGUGAGAGAUCAUACCUUUGAGGAGGUUUCUCCACUCUCCUAUGAAGCUCAACAAGUUGUCAAGGAGAUGGAAGCCAAGACCAAAUUUGAAAAUGAAAUUGCUGCUAUUUUACAACAAGAAGCUGAAAGACUCUCGAGAAAGCAUCCACACUACGAUCUCCUUGAUAUUAUCAGUGAAAAGAAUCAAACCAUUGCCAAGUUCUAUAAUAAGGUCAUUAAGGAAGAGAAGGAUAAUUCAGGAAAGAAUUGUGGUCCAAUGUCCUAUCUCCUCAAGACUUUCUACGAGUCGAUUCAAUUGGUAGAACAGGAAAUUAAUGCUGGACACUUGGAAAAGUCAAAGAAGGAGCUUUUGGCCAAACAAUUGGUGUGGAAGAGAAUUGCUCUCAUUUCCAACGAUCCACAGGACAAGGAUGCAUGGAAAGUGAAAUUAGAUCCAGAUGAGGACGAGGACUUUUUCUUUGAUGAAGACUACAGGGAAGAAAGUGAUGAAGAGCUCUGUAUGGAUGACGAUGAUGCUCCAAUGAAGAGAAAGAAGAAGGAAAAUGCAUCAGGAUCUUCAGGAAAUUUACUUGGAAAAUUCUUUUCUUCAUUCUCUGCCGUGAAACCAAAAUCCAAUCUCAAUAUUGGUGAAAUUGCCUUGAUGGGUUUCGCUCUUUUCAAUAUCGAUCAAAUGGUUAGAAAAGAAGGAGAUCAAGACAUGUUGGUUUUAAAGUUAAAUAAGGAUCAAUUCAAUUCAUUGUACAGAGUAGCUCAGUUCAUUAUCAAACAAGGAUUGAAACAUGUUAAGAAGAAUGCCAUGGUUCAAGAAAAACUUGGAAAAUGUAUUGUUAGUCAACUCUCCAAUACUAUUGAAUACACAAUCAACUCGAGUGUAGCUGAAAAGUAUAUGAAUAAGGAAGAAGUUGUUAGAGUGAAGAAGAUUUUAUUCGCUCUCGGAGAUAAGAACGAAACCAAAUUCGAAUCCUUAUUAACCAAGAAUGAAUUGGCCAUGUGGAAGGAAAGAAAACAAAACGAGCAAAAUUCCAAUAAGGGAGCCAAAGGUUUCAUUUCCCUUCUCCAACUUGAACCACCAAAGAUUGUCGAUAAGGAUAUUGGUAAUGGAACAGUGGUCAAAUCUGAUAAGGAAGCGAAGAAAGAUGAUCACUCUGACUAUUCAGAUGAAAGUGACCUCUCUCUCGAUUUCAGUAGCGAUGAAGAUGAGGACGACGAUGCUCCAAAGAAACCAACUGCUCCAAAAGCUCAAAAACCUCUCACUCAAGAACCAGAAGAUGUCAUUGAGGAAGAAGAUGAAAUUGUUAUUAAUUAUAAUAUUGCUGGAAUAGAUACUGUGGAAUAUCCAGAUUUGGGUGAUCCAGAUCAUUUUGUUGCAAGCUUUGUCAAUCAAGUGAAUUGUUUAAUUUCAUAUUUGGAUACUCAAACAAAAUUGAAGCAAGUUUCCCUUUCCUCAUUGUGUGACGAAACUAAUUCAGAUAAUUUCGUUUCUGCCUAUAUGAGAAAAGCUGUUCUUCCAUCAUUCAGAGCUCUCUUCAUUGGUCCACAAGAAGAUCCAGCAGAGCUCUUUGUAAAUGAAGAAGCUUACAAUUUCAAUUAUCUGCUCGACAUUGCCAGAAGUGGAGUUCAAAACCCAGCUGUUGCUUUCAUCAUUGAAGGAAUUUUCAAGGUUCAAAAGGAAAUUACAGUUGAAGAUUUGUGGUUGGAAGAUCCAGAUCACUUUAAGAGUACUAGAUUCAAUGCAUUUUGGUGUCAUUGUUUCAAUUCCAAGAAGGCCUUGCCAGUUUUUGAUGAAGUUUGUUCUCAAAACUAUUAUUCUGCAUUCUUUAAGAAGAAACCAAAGUUUGUCAAUCCAGAAGUUAGAAUUGCCAUGGAAAAACUAGCUAAACUUCCACUUGUCAUGAGUUGUGAUGCUUGGUUGAAUCAAUAUGACCCAGGUCUUUUGGAAAAUGCUGAAGAAGGUCAAGAAGAAGAUCUAACAAGCAGUAAUUAA